GGCGGGAUCCGGUUCCAACCCCAGCCGCCCCCCCACCCCCGGGAGUCUUCACCCAGGAACCGGAUCCCUGCAAUCAACAACCAAGCGUUUUAGCGGUUACAUGGGAUCGACAAGGCUGGCCAAGUGCACAGCGCUUUUGGGAUGAGGAGUUGGUCUGUGCUGCUGCUGUGGGAGUGAAGAAGCCGCUCCCUUUGCCUGCACAACCUGCCCCAUGAUGACCUUCCAGAACCGCUUUGUUCUGCUGCUGGGUCUCGCCGCCUUGCUGGCUGUCAUCAGCCUGAGCCUGCAAUUCUUUCGGCUCAUUCCCCUGCCCGUGGGGUUCUACGGGGAAGAAGAGGCCAAGCCUCGCAAGCGGGUGCUGAUAGAUGGCUUGCUCAAAGCUCCGCAGGCUCUCGACCCCAUCACGGAGUCUGUGUACUACUGUAACCGGCCCAACGGCAGCGUGCAGGGACUUGAGGGUCACGCCCCUGUAGGAUUCAAACUGGAAGCAGCUCACAUCAUGAUACGACACGGAGACCGCUACCCACUUUACGCCAUCCCUAACGCAGCCGCCUUAAACAUCGACUGCAAUAUCAGGACUGAUAGGGCACCCUUUCAUCGGGCGCUGGAGGGAUUUGUGGCUCACAUGGCACAAGCCCGUGAAGGCCGCUUUGACGGCCCUUUGGCGGGGUUCCCACUGCUGCCCAGCCACCCCCGCUGUGAGAUGGGCCAACUCACACAGACAGGUGUGGUCCAGCACCUGAUGAUUGGCCAGCACCUGCGGCAGACCUACUCAGACCUUCACGGCCUGCUCCUCAAACACGAGUCCGAGUCGGAGCGCGUGCGCGCCGCGUACGUCGAGUCGACGGGCCGUGCACGCACUCUUCAGAGCGCGCUGGCCCUGCUGUACGGCCUGCGGCCCGCCUUCGACUGGUCGCGCCUGCGCGUACACCACCAGCCCUCGGCCUCCUACUGCUACGCGGCGUGCGAGUGCCCCGCCCGCAGCGCUUUCCAGGAGCUGGACCAGCGGCGGCAGUCUCGAGCGCGAUCUCGCGACCCGCAGCUGGCGCGCGCCUUCCGAGACAUGGCCUCGGCGCUGGACGUGCCGCCCGCCAGGCUGCGCGCCGCGGUACCCGUCGACCCGCUGUUGGCGCACUUCUGCCACGGCGUACCGUUCCCCUGCGCGACGUCGUUGCCCUCGCCGCCGCCGCCGCCGCCCCAGCGUUCCGGCUGCGUGUCCGAGCAGCACUUCCGCACGCUGCGCGCCCAGCAGUUGGUGGACGAGAAGGAGCGCAGGGAGGCCGGGCUCUUCCGGCGCUUCGCGCUGCUCGUGAUGCACCCGUUCCUCAACCGCACGGCGCAGCGGCUCGGGGCGGUGGCUGCCGGCAAGCCCGCGGAGAGACUCGCCCUGUACUCGGCGCACGACGUCACGCUGGAGCCCGCCCUGAGCGCGCUCGGACUCGCCGGCGCCCGUUUCCCUCGGUACGCGGCGCGCCUCGUGUUCGAGCUCUGGAGGAAAGAAGACAAGGGCAGGUUGGCCGGCGGAGCGGAUGUCGGAGGGCACUUCAUCCGCGUGCUGUACAACGGCGAGGAUGUCACCUUUAAGACCGCAUUCUGCCAGAAUCACGACUGGAAGCGUGGCACCGGAUCACUGCUCUGCCCGUUUCAGAAAUUCCUCGACUUUGUGUCAAGAGAUAUGUUUGCGCCCUUCAAUAGCACAAGCUAUUAUGAAGCCUGCCACCACAUUCCACAGCCAGAUGCUGACAUAUAGUCCAAUUACUAUUGAGAGCAAGCAUUCCUCACUGAAUGUUGGUUUACCCAGUAAGUUGUCAGGUAUAUUGUGCAUUGGAUGUGUAAAUGAGAUGUGGUAUUUUGUCCUGUUCAAUAUAAAUGUCCACAUUGUAAGUGAAAAAAAUAUGGUUUAUUUGAAUAGUUUUGCCUACAAUUUUUUUCAGAAUUAUCCAGAAAGGUAUAAACUGAUUGUUAUUAUCAAAAAGACUACACCCAUGUGACAUUACCUUCCCACCUUUAUUAUUUAGUCUUGUGUUAGCUGGAAAAAAAAGUCCACAUGCCACUGAUAUUUAUAACGUGGCUUUAAAUCUCCUAAACCAUAUUUAAAAAUAAUACACGGUUAAUAAUUACAUAAUAUGCCCAUAAACAUCCAGUGUUAAUGUGUAGUGUACAAACAGUAAAUCCAGCGUGGUAUUGGUAAUGUGCUCAUUAGUGCAGCAAAAGCGAGUUUAUUACCAGUGUCUUUUCUUUACUGGUGUCUAGAGUUUACCAUUUAUAUAUUUGCAUUUUAAAAGGCAUCCAUGUCAUUAUUUGUUUAAACCAACAAAACAUAUACCAUUAAUAACAACACAUUAGGUUUACUGUAAAAUAAAUUCAAGCCAUCCUUUCAAUAUUCUUAACCAACGUAUAACAAGCAUGCGACAACUAUGUGACUACCGAGUAUUAAUGGAAUCUUAUUAAUUGAACGCAACAAUGGGCUCUUAAUAACUUUAUCAACCUCUUGUAUUGCUAUGCAGCAGGUAAUGCAAUGAGUAUUUGCUUCAUAGUGACAUCUUCGAAUUUCGGAUCGGCAUAACUGUUUAAAUGUUAAAUCAUUUUUGGAACUUUUAAGCUUCGUGAAGGGUUUAUGUAACAUUUUUGCGUGCACGUUUUUUUUCUUGUUUAAAGGAAUGUUAUAUAUUUGAAUGUGUUUUAAAGGUCACAUUUUGCUAUGUUAUAUGGCAUAAUCUACAGUCAAACACAAAGAAUAUGGGUAGGGCUCUUAGGUCAGGUGGUAUACAAUAAUGCUUGCCAGAUAAGGCUUGCACAACCACUUGUGAAUGCUUGUACGCGAUGCAGAACAUUCCACAGUAUUUUUGGAGAAUAUUGCUUGGGCCAUUGUUUCACGAAAACACAAUUCAGCUUUGUCCGAGUUGAUUGUGUUGCAAGCAUACUUGGCAAAGGAGGGACAUGGGCAGCUGAAGUUGAGAACAGGUAAAACUGGAAACAUUGAGCCUUGCCGCUUACUAAUGAAUCGUAACAUGCAAAUACCCGAAGGAUACACAAAGCCAAUCGAUUAGCUGUCCUGCUCGAUGAUACAUGGCUCUUCACAGGACAUCAGUCAAACAGUUUUGGUUGAAACCUAGAAGCUUGUGCGGUCAGAGACUCGCACGUAAUACGUGAUUGGACUCCGGCCAAUUGCGAGAUUCCUUGGAGCCCAACAUUGGUUGGCUUGCACUGUUGUGUGAGGUUUACAGUUCAAUUUUAUGGUUUACAUUCGUUUUCAGACGCUAUGAAAGUAACAUUCUUGAGUGCUGCGUAUUCAAGGUGCCCCAUGCACAUUAGCAGAUUAAGUGGUGCUUCAAGUGGCUGCGUCAACAUUACAUUUUUACUUAAAAUAAAUUAACAUACAAGAUGCCUCCUUCCCAUAUGUGCCCCUCUACGUAAAAAAAAAUAUAAAAGUAUUAUUUUCACAUCCUAUCAGCCACAUGGCCUUCUCAGUGCAUUUGGUUGAACACAAGCCAACUAAGUAUCGAUUUUGACAUUCAAUAUCUUAGCAGUCAGGCUUGCUUGAACCAAUGCAGGUGAACUGCCAGGUGUUUCAAAGCAAGGACCCUUUCUGAUAGAUAUGGGUCCUGGUUCCAUACAAAAUUAUACAAUACGUAUCAAAAUAAUAAUUAUCAAUAGCAUCUUAGAGAACGUAAGAAAAUCAUAAAGGGGGCAUUACGCCUCCUUCCCAAAGCUUUCCUUCCACGUGAAAAACAAAAUUAUUUUUACACAUCCCAUCAGGCAGUGUGCCUUCUGGGAGUGCAUAGUUUUAUACCGAUAAAAGGAAAAAGGACGUAACAUCGUUGCAAAACUUGUUUUUUUUCUGCUAAAGCUUUGACAGGUAUUUUUGCUAAAGUAAAGUGACGAAUCGUAACAUUUACACAGUGUACUCAUCAGCACAGGAUUUUGUGCACUUAGAAACCCCAUGAUUUUGUAAAAAUUGUGAAUGGAUUAGACGAAUGAUCGAGUAUAAUUUUCACUAGUUUUUUUUUCUUUUUACAUAUAAUCAAAUGCUUUAGUUCUUGGUGUUUUUUUCGAAAGACAGUGAAUUAUUUAAAACCACUUAAUGUAAAACUAGCAUUAAGUAUGUUCUUUAAUCUUCGUGAUUGACAUAAGCAGAGUGAUAUAUUUGUGUUAUUGGAUCCUAAUAUUUUGCUACUGGUGUUGUAAAAAGAGAGUUUAAUAUUUAGCUAGUUAAUGGUAUGACUUUUGAAAAGCUGCUCGUCCAACCAGAGCUGUACAUUUUAACAAGCGUGGACUGACAGUCAGGGUACCAUAGGUAAUGCAAGUGAAUGAUGCAUUCCGUUCAUUUUUCGUUUAAGUUUUGAAAGUGCAAUAUUUUUUUUACACUUCAAAUUGAAUCCAACAAUUGCAUUUCAUUUGUGUAUCGUUGGCACCACUGGGCCAGUGGCGGCUAUGCACGUGGCCUGUAAUCCAACACUGGAAACGGGGGUUGGUGGAUCACGCAGAUGUUGGAAGCUGCCUAUCUGGGAUAUAAUGUUUCCCCCUCGCAUGCGUUGGUUUUCUCUGGGUGCUCAGGUUACCUGCCGUAGGUAAAUACUCAGUAAUUGGCUGAUAACACCUUAACCCUUUUCCGUUCCAUGACAUACGUGUCCUUUCCGAUUCUGUACGGAGUCGAAGCGAUUCUAAACGGAAUCGGAAGGAAAAGGCCAUUCGGGAGGGGCGCGUGGCACAGUUUGGCGCCAGCUGUCGUAUAGUGCGGUUGUGUCGCAAACAGUUCUGUGCGGUGAGUAGAGUACGCUAUCGUUAAAAACAGUAGCGCUGUGCCUCUAGAUACAAUUAACGCUCACCGAUUGGACAUUCCGAGAUUCAGCCGUGAACGAGACGCAACCUGCAGACGUCUCGGAGUGGGAAAGGGUUUAAAUUUAGACGACCGCAGAGCUUGGGCAAUUGUUGGUACUGGUUUAGCACCUGGCUGCCUUUCCCGCUUGUCUGGUUUCUCUCUUCAAGGGUGAACAAAAACUGUACACGUGAGUUGAAACUAUUAUUAUGAUCAUACUUCAUGUCCUCAAGGAAUCAACUUUGUUUUUAGGUUCCUAACUUCAUCUGCAUGUCAUAAGUUAAGCGCUGUGUAAGUUAAAUAUGUGAUAUGCAUUGUCUCGUAAAUUACAAGACUCUGUAUAUAUGUGCUCUAUUGAGUGGUUAAUAAUUUGUUUUGAUAGCAUUGCUGAUUUUUUAAUAGGCUUGGUUCAUCCCAUCUGUUAGGAUUCCACAAGGUUCUGGGAAACUUGAAUGAUGCUGAGAAAGAAACCCGCUAAGAAGCUGAGUAACGAAGAUUUAUACCAUAACACAAUUCUAAGCGCAUUAUGUAUUGAGGAAACGUGUGCAAUUUGUUUCGUCUUUGAAAAUUCUAAGGUAUUAUAUCUACAAAAUUUAGCUAUUUUGGAAGAAUAUUUAUUUUAUUAAUGAUU